AUGAUUCGAGCUCGGGCCUGUGACCCAUGCGCGCUCCGAAAGGCCAAGUGCGACAGGGGAUCACCCUGUCGACGGUGCAGCGCGCAGGGCUUAAGCUGCACACUAUUGCGGAAAUCUUCAAAGCCAGGACCUAAGGGGCCAUGGGCUGGGAAGAAACGUGCAAGAGUUAAAUUGCAGAGUGCUCCACUGAAGAAUUCGUCCGUCGGCCUCGCUGAGGGUGGCCAGCCGGGGAAUCUGGGUCCUCCAAACCAGGAUGAAAGCAACUACGAUGCAGUUUUAGCAAAAGUUGAACGCUGUCUGCGCAUCUACAGGCAACAUUCGUAUAGCCUCUGGCCAGUGGUGGAUGUUCAGAAUCUUCGGACUCGGCUUCGCAAUCAUUUAGAUGUCGCGGCAUAUGCACUGGGCACUGCACUUGGUGCGGUUAUGUCGGACCGCAUACAUCAUCUCCAGGCUUCGAGUGACACCGACGAAUAUCCCGAGCUUGACAGCCAGCGAUUAGCGUCCGAGUCAGAGACAGCAAGGAUGGAAGGCGCCUAUCAGGAAAACCCCAGUCUCUACACGAUAUUAUCUUCGUUCUUUUUGCAUAUUCACUCGGCCAAUCGAGGCCAGAUAUUCAAAGCUACUUUGCUUCUCCGUGAAGCCAUUACGAUCGCGCAGCUACUGGGAUUAGACCGGCCCGGCCACUAUGCCGGCCGAUCUGCUACUGAAGCGCAGGACCGGCUUCGAAUCAUCUGGCUACUUCACAUCACAGAAAGGUAUGACAGAGGUUUCUUCCCUGUUCGAAAAGGACUGUCUUUGAGCCAAUUUGGCACUCUAGGGGUCACGCAACACGCUUCGAUCUCCCGUGUACCCUUCACCUUGAUUCACGUCAACCCAGCACUGCACGUAGAUGAAAACCCGUUCGGCUUGCUGCCCUUUUUAGGUAUGGUCCAGCUCUUUCAAACAUUCGGUACUGCCAUAAAUAGCUUUGAAUUUCAUGGUGAAUGCCAUCUCCUCCUGGCCAUGGAUAUGCAAAUCCAGCAAAUACCGCAAUUACUGGACCAUUCUCCCGACUCUCAACUGGUCGACUUUCUCAUCACGAAACAGUGGAUGAGGCUGAUUCUAUGGAGACGAGCUAUGUUCCAUGUGGAGCUAUCACUUAAUAUGGCUGCCGAGAGUCUCAGCUUAUUCUUCCCCGAACAGCUUGCGGAGAAAGUGGUCGCGCAUAUUAGCACUUUUCCACGAGGCGUUGUCGAAUCUCAUGGUCUAGGAAUGGACGAGGCUGUUGCUGUCGGUUCACCAGUUAUUGACUAG